GUGUCAUCUCGACCAAAAAGACACCAUUCCCCUUCUGGAACCAUUGAAACCGUCAACCUUGAUGCCAUCCCUUUGGCACCCGCUUGCCUGGACAACAGCGCAGCAAAGCACAAACUCUCAGUCAGGCCAAAGAACCAGAGGGUUUCCAAAAAGCACAGAUUGUCAAAGGAGGUACAAAGUUUAAUUGAAACUGACUUUGGACAAGACAUCCUAGAAUCGCAGGGCACUGAAGAUAAAAUGACAAAAGAUGAUAGUUAUUACAGACCAGACAAGUUAAUCCAGCAUGGAGAAAUCCAGGAACAGAAAACUGAAGGAAAACGAAAACAAGACCACUGGAUAAAACUUGAGGCAGGGAAAAAGGAAGAAAUGGCUGAAGUGAAAUUCAAAAGCCCUAUGGAACACAAAAGAUUUCAAGAAUUUGAGGGAGUCCAAGGAGAACAAGUAGGGAAAAAACUGCAACUUCAGGAAGAACAACUUUAUCAAAUGGAAGAGAAAAAAGAUCAAGAUCAUCAGGCAAAAGGCCUAAAAGAACAAGAAAAACAGGGAAGGAAUGGAGAAGAGCUUGAAAAAUUGCAGGCAGAAAUCCCAAACAUAUCUCAGGAUCUUGAGGAACAAAAACAAAGGGAUCAAGAACAGGCACAACAUGAACUAGAGGCACAAGGACAGCAGGAAGAGCAGAAACCACAUGAAGUGGACAUGCAACGGCAGAAGGAGAAAAAGAAGAAACAACAAGAACUAGCGGCACAAAGGCAGCAGGGAGAAGCAAAAAGACAGGGUGAACUGGAGGUCCAAAGGCAACAACAGGAAGAAGAAAAGAGACAAUUUGAACUGGAGGUCCAAAGACAGCAUGAGGAAGAACAAAAGAGACAAUGUGAACUACAACUACAAAGACAGUGGGAGGAAGAACAAAAAAGACAAUGUGAACUUGAGGUCCAAAGGCAAUAUCAGGAAGAAGCAAGGAAACAACAUGAUCUGGAGAUUCAAAGACAAUGGGAGAGAGAACAAAAGCGACAACGUGAACUAGAAAUACAGAGACAGCAGGAGGAAGAAAAGAGACAACGUAAACUAGAACUACAAAGACAACGGGAGGAAGAACAAAAGAAACAACAUGAAUUAGAACUACAGAAACAACGGGAGGAAGAACAAAAGAGGCAACGUGAACUAGAACUACAGAGACAACGGGAGGAAGAACAAAAGAAAGAACGUCAACUAGAAAUACAGAGACAGCUGGAGGAAGAACAAAAGAGACAACGUGAACUAGAACUACAGAGACAAUGGGAAGAAGAACAAAAGAGACGACGUGAACUAGAACUACAGAGACAACGGGAGGAAGAACAAAAGAGACAACAUGAACUAGAACUACAGAGACAACGGGAAGAAGAACAA